AUGUCUCAGCAAGAGAUCGAUUUGCUCAAGAAUUUGAACCACAAAAACAUCGUAAAAUAUCUUGGAUCAUUAAAGACGAAGUCUCAUCUUCACAUAAUUCUUGAGUAUGUUGAGAAUGGUUCACUUGCAAACAUGAUUAAGCCAAAUAAAUUUGGAGCAUUUCCAGAAUCAGUGGUGGCUGUAUACAUAGCUCAGGUAUUGGAAGGCUUGGUUUAUCUACAUGAACAGGGUGUUAUUCAUUGCGAUAUUAAGGGUGCAAAUAUAUUGUUAACCAAAGAGGGUCUAGUGAAACUGGCAGAUUUUGGGGUUGCAACGAAACUUACCGAGGCAGAUGUUAACACACACUCAGUUGUUGGAACGCCAUAUUGGAUGGCGCCUGAGGUGAUCGAAAUGUCGGGAGUUUGUGCUGCAUCAGACAUAUGGAGUGUUGGCUGUACUGUGAUUGAGCUUCUAACAUGUGUACCUCCGUACUAUGAUCUCCAGCCCAUGCCAGCUCUCUUUCGGAUUGUGCAGGAUGAGCAUCCUCCAAUACCAGAUAGCCUGUCUCCUGCCAUUACGGAUUUUCUGUGUCAGUGCUUUAGGAAGGAUGCAAGACAGAGACCCGAUGCAAAGACAUUGCUUUCGCAUCCUUGGAUCCAGAACUCGACAAGACGUGUUUUGCAAUCCUCUAUGCAUCAUAGUGGAACGAUGAGGUACAUAUCGUGA